GCGAAGAGAGAAAGAGCUCUUGCGGCGGCGCCUGCCUUGGCUUUGCGUUGUACUUGCAUCAUAUUUUACGCCUGACUCCUGAUCCGGGGAUUCGAAUUCGCUCUCGCACGUACAGCCAUGUCAACUGGACCUACACAUAAACAUCGUUAUAAAAAUGUAGGAUUAGAUUCACAAGAACUGCGGAGACGCAGAGAGGAAGAGGGAGUCCAAUUAAGAAAACAGAAACGUGAGCAGCAAUUAUCAAAACGUCGCAAUGUUCCCAACAUUGUUGCGGAUGAAGAUAAUGUUACAGCCACCGACGAAUAUUCACUUCCUACAGCACAAUCGCAAUCUCCUGGUAUUAUAACUACCGAGAUGGUAGAUGCAUUAUAUAGUCCUGACAUACAAGAUCAAUUGGCAGCAACACAGAAAUUUAGAAAAUUAUUAUCAAGAGAGCCAAAUCCUCCUAUAGAUGAAGUGAUACAAACAGGAAUCGUACCACAGUUUGUUGAGUUUCUUAAAAAUAACACAAAUUGUACUCUGCAGUUUGAAGCAGCAUGGGCUUUGACAAAUAUAGCCAGUGGCACAUCUCAGCAAACGCGUAUUGUGAUAGACGCAGGAGCUGUUCCUACUUUCAUAUCUUUGCUUGGUUCUGAAUAUGAAGAUGUGCAGGAACAAGCUGUCUGGGCAUUGGGUAAUAUUGCAGGAGAUAGUCCGGAAUGCAGAGAUCAUGUCUUAGCCAACGGUAUCCUCACGCCACUUCUACAACUACUGUCAAAGGCAACACGACUUUCUAUGACUCGCAACGCGGUAUGGGCAUUAUCAAAUCUCUGUCGAGGAAAGAAUCCCGCUCCGGCUUUUGCAAAGGUUGCACCAUGUUUACCAGUGUUAGCACAUCUUCUCAAUCAUACUGAUUGUGAUGUACUCGCCGAUGCUUGUUGGGCUCUUUCGUACUUGAGCGACGGGCCAAAUGACAAGAUACAAGCUGUUAUUGAUGCUGGUGUUUGCAGACGUCUCGUAGAACUUCUCAUGCAUGAACAAAGUAACGUGGUAAGCGCGGCUCUUCGCGCUGUAGGAAAUAUAGUUACUGGAGAUGAUGUGCAAACGCAAGUUGUAUUAAAUUGCUCGGCAUUACCAUGUCUACUACAUCUUGUGAGUUCGCCACGGGAAAGUGUUCGUAAAGAGGCUUGUUGGACAGUCUCUAAUAUCACUGCCGGUAAUCCCCAACAAAUACAAGCGGUGAUUGAUGCUAAUAUCUUUCCGGUUUUAAUCGAGACUUUGAGUAAAGCUGAAUUUAAAACACGCAAAGAAGCUGCAUGGGCAAUUACAAAUGCCACUAGUGGCGGAACAGCCGACCAAAUUCGAUACCUCGCAAUGCAAGGAUGUAUUCCGCCGCUCUGCGACUUGCUUACUGUUAUGGAUGUUAAGAUCGUCCAAGUUGCUUUGAACGGAAUAGAAAAUAUUUUACGUUUGGGAGAACAAGAUGCAACUAUGCAUAACGGUCUUAAUCCUUACGCAGUUCUUAUCGAAGAAUGUUAUGGCCUAGACAAAAUAGAAUUCUUGCAAUCUCAUCAAAAUAUGGAUAUCUAUCAGAAGGCCUUCGAUAUUAUUGAACGAUUCUUUGGGUCUGAGGAAGAGGAUACCAGACUUGUACCUUCAAUCGAUUCGCAAGGACAAGAAUACCAAUUCACUGCACCUGAUUCUUCCCAAUUACCAGUGCAAGGCUUUGAAUUCUAAUCAACUAUCUUUCUUAACAUAGCUGUUUCGUUAAAGAUUAACGUUAUCCGUUCAACAGAAAUUUAUUCUGAAAAUCGGUACAUCAAUCGUAAACAUGAUUUUACAUAUCCAUUCUUGUGAGCAGAGUUCAUUUAUGUCAAAACUAGUACUAGACAGUGAUUGAAAAUGAUCUGUUCUUUGUCGAAUUAAAAACAGUAAAAAAUCUUCAUGCACCUUUACUUAGUUUCUUUUUCAUUGGAGAUAAACCAUAACUUACUAUACGUUAUGAUCUGAAAUAAUUAUCUUUUCGAACCUAUGUCAAAUUGCAACAAUGUCUGCGUUAGAGCCUUGAAACAAUUUGUGUAGGAACACUUACAGACUCAUACCUGCAUGUAUUUAGUAUGAGACGUUCAGUUUUUAAAACAUAAUCGUCUUAGUGCUUAAGUAGAAGUGGAGACAAGGAUCAGAACAAUUUGUCGAGGCAGACUCAUACCUCGUCUGACAUGUGACUGACGCAGAAUUACGAAAAAAAAAUUACUUGCAUUACCGUGCAAGACACUAACUGAAUGACUGAAGUACGCGACUACGUAGCCAACACGGACAACUUUACGCAACGCGGUACUCAUCUCCUUACUAUACUAGAUAGAAACAUGACCAAUUAAACUUUUUUACUGUAAAUACGUAUCUCGUAAUUUUAAAGGCUAUUCUAUACAGAGUGCCCUUAAGAAGCGAAGCAAUAGUCCUAUCUGGCCGUCAACGCAACAUUGCAAUGUUAUAAGAAUUGGUUGAAGUAUUUAUUGUAAUUUUGUGAUAAGCAUGAUUUGUACUGAAACACGUACAAAACACGUCUUGGUUUUCUUAUGUUAAAUAAUCGUGCGAAAUGCUGACUCCAGUUAUUACAUCUAUAUUUCUGUUAAUCCAGCAUCACGCGAUCCAUUACUAUUUGUUCUUAAUUAUAAACAUUUGCAGCUGUAUUAAAUAAAUAAUUUUUAUCUUACGUU